GCACUGUUUGUGCGCCGCGCAAGAUGGCGGCCUCCAGUCGAGCCAUGUUGCUGGGUGGGAGCUUGGCCUCUUCAGCGGCCCGCGCGGCUUUUAAUAGGUUUUGCGGGCUCCGGCAUGUAGCCACUACUUCCCUCCUGCUACCUGAGCAAUUGUCCUUCCGCAUUUACUGCACAGAGGUCAACCAAGAGGAGCCCACAAAGCCUGUUGAUCGUGAGAUAGAUUCACGUUAUAAAGAAAUGCCAUGGAAAUACUUGGAGAGUGAAGAAUACAUAAAUAAAUAUGGCAGCAAUCCUGUCUGGUUUGGAUACAGGCGUAAUUUCAAGGGUCAGAUUCCACCACAGAAGACCCGGAAGAUGUGCAUUAGAAAAGAUCAUAUCUGCGGGAAUCCCUGUCCCAUCUGUAGAGAUCAAAAUCUUUUUGUGGAUUAUAGGAAUGUGAAGCUUCUUGAACAGUUUAUCUGCCCCCACACGAAUAUCAUAUAUGACCCAAUCCAUACAGGGGUGUGUAUGAAGAAAUAUAAGGAGCUAAUCAGAGCCAUUAAUCAAGCUCAAGACAAUGGACUUCUACCUGUUAGCACUCCCUUGAUUUCUUUCCAAGAUAUGGAUUGGAGCAACUGGCAUCCAGCUGUUUCCAAGACUCCUCCAUCCCCAGCUUUGUGUAGCAAGACAUCAUGGUAUCCUUGGUAUGACUGGCAGCAGCCUCCAGAAAAAAAAAUUAAACUCUUCAGGAGGAUUUACAAGGAUUACCUGAAAGAGGAGAACAACCCUUCAUAAACCAGAAAAGGCAAAAAAAGCAAUUAUAACAUUCCCAAUGAUAACUCAUCCUUAAGAAUCCUCUGAAGUAUUGUCCAGCUGUGAGGGAGCUGCUGUCUGUUUUCUCCUCCAGGCGUGCUUCCAACAUCAAUAAAAUGAAUGGGGUUACUGAUGAUUCUGAUGGUUGAACUUUGCUGGAAACACUUGACUGAAUGAGGGUUGGGGGGGGUGAGUAUGGGGCAACGGUAAAACAAAAACACAGCUCAGGGGAAGAGCUGUUUGACGUGUGUAUCUACAGUGUGAUGGGGUUUUCAUUUCACAAUAAAUCAUGGUUUGUUAAA